AUGGGUAAGGAUUCCAAUGAUGGGAAAAUAGGCGUAAAGCGCUUCAGAGAGGAGUCCAAAACGGCUUUGGGGGCACCCACAUCGCCUCCGGUGACACCCAAUUGUAUAAAUAACACAUCUGUCACAGUGAGAAAUAUUGAGGGAAGACAAGGGGACACCCGCUUAACAAAGUGGAAAACGCUGUUAUGCAAAGCACUCAUGCAAGGACGGAAAGAAGAGGAUGAGGGACGUGUUGCGGAUAUGGCGUUGCGUAUUGUAAAGGCUAUUCCGGGCGGGCGCUCAGAGUCCGCUGACACAUUCCGUAUGUUGUUAGUUCAUUUGGGUGAUGCUAAAAAUAGGGAACUUCGAGAGAGUAUUAUUGAAGAAAAGUUUAGUGUGGAGGUUUUGGUGCGUAUGAAAGAGAGGGAUUUGUUGAAUCCCGAAGAGCGUGAGCGCCAGGAAGCGGCCUUCUUGGCACGUAGCAGGGAUACGGAUCUAACAGAAAUACGGAAAGCGACGUCCACCACUUCUACCCUCUUUCCUUGUCCAUCUUGUAAGGCCAAGAACUGUACUUGGACACAAAAACAGACACGAUCAGCCGACGAACCGAUGACUAUAUUUUGUAUCUGUAAUAUCUGUGAGCACAAAUGGCGUCGCUAUUAG